AUGCAAUGCGUAUCUACUGUUACGUACUCCUUCCUCAUUAACAGUUCUCCUAGAGGAAGAGUCACACCGAGUCGUGGUAUCCGUCAAGGAGACCCACUCUCCCCAUACAUAUUCAUACUAUGUAGUGAGGUACUCUCGGGAUUAUGUAACAAAGCGCAGGAAGACGGAUCACUUGAAGGGAUUCGGGUAGCUCGAGGGACUCUUCGAGUAAACCAUCUUCUAUUCGCGGAAGAUACAAUGUUUUUUGUCCGGGCCAGUAAGGAGAGAAGUGAGGCUUUACACAAGGUUCUCAAACGCUAUGAAGAGGCGUCCGGACAAUCUAUCAACACAGAAAAAUCAUCUAUCUCCUUCUCUCACAAAACACCACGGUCGCUGAAAACGGUGGUACAAGAUACCCUAUCAAUCCACAAAGAAGGAGGAGUUGGGAAGUAUCUCGGGUUACCGGAACACUUCGGAAGGUCCAAAAGUGAUCUCUUCUCUUCCAUAGUUGACCGAAUCAGGCAAAAGGCAAGAGGAUGGUCUAAUAGAUUCCUAUCAACUGCUGGAAAGAUGACUAUGCUUAAGAGUGUCCUCUCAUCAGUCCCUUCACACGCAAUGUCCUGUUUUGAGCUUCCGGUUUCGCUUUGUAAGAGAAUCCAAUCAGCACUCACCAGAUUUUGGUGGGACGAUCGUAUGGAUAGCAAAAAAAUGGCAUGGAUAGCAUGGGAAAAACUCAUAAGACCUAAGGAACAUGGUGGACUUGAUUUCAGGGACAUCCAGAGCUUCAAUGAAGCUUAUCUAGCUAAACUCACAUGGCGGCUCAUAAACAACCCGGAGUGCUUGCUCGGACGCAUCCUGAUCGGAAAGUAUUGCCCAACUGAAGAUUUUCUCACUGUCACAGCUAAAAGCGCCAUCUCCCAUGGCUGGAGAGGAGUGCUAACCGGACGCGACAUCAUCAUGAGCAAUGCAAGCUGGGAAGUGGGGAAUGGAGAAAGCAUCAAUAUCUGGGACAAACCUUGGCUCAACUGUGACGGCCAAGAGAGACCCAUGGGACCAGCCCCGCUGGAGUUCCAAAAUCUCACAGUGUCUGAUCUCCUGCUUCCUGAUCACAGGACCUGGAACAUUGACAUGAUUAAACUGGUGCUCCCUUUUGAGGAAUCAAAAAUAUUGGCUAUCAAACCAAGCAUAACGGGAGCUCCGGAUAAACUCACGUGGUUGGGUUCGAAAUCAGGAAACUACACCACCAAGACAGGGUAUGUGAGUGCACUCUCCAACCGCACUAGUCCGAUGGACAUAUCACAUGAAGACUUGGCUUUCGAGUGGAAGAAAAUGGUCUGGAACCUGAAAACUUCACCAAAGACAAAACUGUUUGCUUGGAAAGUACUACAUCGAGCAAUACCAGCUGGAGAGGCUCUGAGAGCUCGACAAAUCAAUGUAGAUGGGAAGUGUAAGCGAUGCAACCUACCAGAAACUAUAGAUCACUUGUUCUUUCACUGUACUUUUGCGAAACAGGUUUGGUUAUCUGCCCCUGUUUUCCUAAGUAUUGAGUACAAUGAAUCUAUAGUUCUGAGAAGCCUAUGGUGUGAUCUGACGACGAGGAAGAAUCUACCGCCUAUGGGAGUAACAGAAGGCCAGCUUGCUCCCUGGAUAUUAUGGAGUAUCUGGACUGCAAGAAACAACCUGGUGUUCAAUGGGAAACCUCAACCAGCAGAUGAAACGCUCCCCAAAGCCAUUGCACUGGCUCGUGAAUGGGGAUCUUUUCAAGUGACACCACCUCCGAAAAACCACAAGCUGAACCCCCCAGGCCCUACACCACCAAACUGUUUUCUCACCAAAACUGAUGCUGCUUGGAAUGAAGACCAAAAGAUUGCAGGUCUUGGAUGGACAGUGGAAUCACAAAGCAGAGUCUCCCAUUACUCUAUUCCCGCUCACCAUGUGAGAUCACCGUUGGUCGCCGAAGCUCUGGCCCUCCGGGAAUCUUUAGGAAAGUGCAGAGAGCUAGGACUAUCAAGGAUUCGGUGCGAGUCGGACUCAGCCAUAUUGAUCAAAGCUCUCAAGACGAAAUCAUCGAUUAUUGGUCGCUAUGGGAUCUUAACAGAUAUCCUCUCUUUAGCCUCCUCAUUUGAAUGUGUCUCUUUUCAUUGGAUUUCUCGUAUGAAAAAUGCUGAGGCUGAUAAGCUAGCAAAGCAGGUCUUGUCUGCUGAACUGGCAUUAGUGGCUACAACUACUUUGGUUUGA